AUGUGGCCCGCUGGUAGUAGGGGCGGAGCCAAGCUGCAAUAUUUGAAUUCAGUUGCUGUUAGGAAUGUACUUACUCGGCCAACUAAACUGCCUAGGAGGGACUCGAUAUCGUUAUUCCGUCGGCUUGAUAUAAGAAGUUUGUGUCAUGUAGCACGUCGAAAGACCUUUUCUCAUAACAGAAAUUUGAACAGUUCCCAACUAGAUAAAUUUCAGCCCUUCUGUAAUCGUACCAUCGUUCACACAAUAUUCAAUACAAGUUAUGUAUCUGGGUUGAAUACUAGAGGCAGACAUUUCUCCAAUCAGGAGAGUUCGCCAGGUAAAGGAUUUGGUGAGUCUGAGAACAUUUCAUUUUUGCCCCCCAAUUUCAACGCUGAUGGAAAUUUGAGUGAAGAAGACUACAUAUUUGACUGGGCAACGGAACAACUUUCACGAGAAAUAGGAUCACAUGGCCCAACUACAGAGAUCAGCUGUACUGUGCUCGACGAGCACGGAAAGGUUGUUGAAGUGUCGAAGAAGUUUAGCAGAAAAGACUUCUUGGCGGAGCAUAAUCUUCAUCCGAGAGACUUGCGUAAUAUAGACAGUCCUAAGGUGCGGUUGAUCCCAUCUAUUCUAGUAAGAAAAGACUGUAUUUUAGUCAAUAUGCUGGAGCUGAGGGCAGCUAUUCGACACAAUCAAGUUUUAAUAUUUGACUCUGUUGACAAAGGUAAUAAAUCUCUUAUUGCGAAGCUCAGUCUGCUGGUUUAUGAUUUAGAGAAUAAACUGGGCUCCUGCACAGGGAAGCAGGAUGAUAUUCAUGGGUUUGCUGCCUCGCAGUCAUAUGAACUGAAGGCACUGGAAUGCAUUCUCAUGCACGCGGUGGCCAAUUUAGAUAUUGAAUUAAAGGGUCAGCUAUCAGUGUUGAAUGGUAUCCUCGUGAAUCUUGAGGACCAUGUCGACCGAGAUCUACUACAGGAGCUGCUUGUGCGAAAUAAGGCCAUGGCGCUGUUUUACCAAAAAAUCCUACUCAUCCGAAAUGUAAUAAAUGAGUUGCUAGACAAUGAUGAAGAUUUAGUAGCCAUGUAUUUGUCUGAGAAAGUACAAGGCAUUGAACGUGCUUCUACUGACCAUGCAGAGGCUGAAUUGUUAUUAGAGGCCUAUUACAAACAAGUUGAUGAGAUUGUUCAGCAGGCUGAACAGGUCAUUUCGAAUGUUAAAAGUACUGAAGAAAUCAUAAAUAUUAUGCUUGAUUCAAACCGCAAUUCUCUCAUGUUAUUUGAGCUGAAAAUAAUGAUAGGCACCCUGGGGUUUACAAUUGCAAUGUUUUUCGCCGCUCUCUAUGGAAUGAAUCUAAAGAAUUUCAUGGAGGAGUCUGAUUAUGGCUUCACUGGGACCACAGUUGUAAUCUGUGCCAUUGCUGGUGUUGUUACUGUUCUAAACUUUAAAAAGCUUGCCAUUGUGAAGCGUGUUACUCUGAUUGGUCACGGAGGGGACUCGCCAAUCCCCCGUCGGUUCCUUCAUGGAUCACAGCGUCUCAAGCAGGCGUUACCAAACAUACCAACGGGAAAUCCUGUUCCAUUACCACGCAAACGUUUCUGGCACUGGUCGCGCCGUCACACUCGACGCAAUGAGUAUGAUCACCACAAACGUGCCGUCAUGUGGCGGUGGCUUGUUGAGAAACGGGAUGCUUAG